UCACAGUGGAGUGGAGACUGGACGAAUUCUAGCUUCACAGCUGAAUUGAAUUCCUGUUGGGAGAAUCCAUGGGCUUUCGUCGAUGAUUUCGAAUACUUCGACAGAGUCCAGCGCCUGCCGUCCGUCCCAGCCAGCCAUCACGACGAGGUAGCGAUCAAAUAUGAUUUCGCAAACAUGAUUUUCACGAGCGGUUGAUAAUCUUGUAGGCAGUACCUCAGAAGUCUCGAUCGAAAUGGAGUAGCGCACAAUUGUGUCGACGACAGAAAUUCCAUCAUAGCCACCGAUUAUAUAAAUGUGAUCCUUGUGUUUCGUACAGCAAUGGCCCUCAACGGGAUAAGGUAGAAUCGAUUCCAUUUUGAUGUUGUAAGCCGUAUUGCAAUUUGUAAAGCAUAUCCUGAAGACCGUCUUCAUAGUUUGGCUUUCGUCCCAGCCUCCGAAGAGUAG